AUGGUUGUUCCUCAUGCCCUCACCCUGUCACCCGCUCAUCAUCGAUCCUCCGAUCGCCUACUAGCCCACCUGUCAUCGGCUCGUCGGCUACUCAACUCGCACUCGCUCCCUCGUAUCCCCGCACACAUCUCCUUCUCCGGCGCUCCCGAUCGAACAAGGGCAACAUCGCCACCGGCACCACUCGUAUCGGGCAGCCUUUUCAUCGCCGCCAUCUACGACUACAGACACCUUUCUGAUUAA